AUGAAGCAACUUCUGUUGUUUAUUUUGGUUUGUGGCAUUAACAGCGCGCCUGUUCACAUUGGCUCAGCGCCGUUCUGGACUAGUGUUCGGAUUCAAGACAUAACAUGGAGACCAGAAUGUAUAACCGACAGGAACUGUCAAGAUAUGACAUUUUCUGUCUCAUUCCAGUCAGCUGAUGGUGAAGGUCGAAAACAGGCUUCUUGGCCGCUCAAUCAGGUCACUCGAGAUGUAAGUGUUAUGAAGGUAAAAUGGCAUUAAAAUACUAAGCUACUUGUACUACUAAAGUUAAUUUUGUAUUUUAUUUUUGAAUUUCAAACCAUAUUCUUUAUGCCAAACCCUAAUCUAAUUACUUUCAGACAUCAAACGCCGAACUGACAGUCUACUGGAAGAGCUCAGUCCAAGAAAAUAUCACGAUUGACUCAUCCCUGACAGCCACAGACGUCUUGUUCAACAUUCCUCGCCCAUGCGACCAAAGCAGUCCGUUAAGAACGUUCGUUCCGUCAAUCAAAGCCUUGGCUUCGAAUGGACCUUCGGCCGAAUAUCUUGUGAAUCCAGAAGAGACGCGGAUCGUGGGAUUAGUGGGCAAGUGUUAUCAUGCUGUCGCGGAGAUCAAACUCUACAGAAGGGAGUGCCCUUGGUGUGUGGAGAUUAAGAAGGACAAGGAGGACGAGGGCAGUGUGUUGGUUACUGUAAGUUUUACAACUGUUUGGUCAAAAAGUAAAUAGAAAUUUCAGUCUUAUGCAACAUGAAAAAAGUUUUUAGUUGCUUGUAUGCCUAAAAUACUAUUUCUUAAAAGUUUUUUGAUAAAAUCACUUUUUAAAUUUUAAACUUCGAAUUUCAGUCCAAACUACAACUAGCCGAACUCUUCGAAUCUCCGUUCGUAGUCGGUGCCAUUAUCGUAUGUUUCCUAGUCUUCUUCAUUGGCAUCAUACUCGGAUCGUACUGUUUACACAAAGCUUAUCAGAUUCACAAGUACAACGAGCAUUACAGUACCCCGUCUCUACCGGAUACUGUAUUUACUCGGAAUGUAAAUAAUGUUUGUAAUAUUCCGAUGCCGCCAAUGUUGCUACCUCCACUUCUGCCAUCGCAUAAUUUGCAUAUGGAAGGACCGUAAGUGUUUUACUUGAUGGGGUUACUUGAGUAUAUCAGUGGAUAUAAGGACUUAAAAUAUUGUGGUAUGUUUGUUAUUUAUUUACAUGCCAAAACUUUUGGGAUUUAAUAGCAUACUAUAUAAUUAUAAUUGGGGUUUAAGCCAGGGUUAUAAUAGGUUAAUCAUUUUUAUAAGUUUCAUAAUGACUUAUUGAUUUCCUUUACCAUAUAUGAUGGUUUAUAGGAAAUAUCUUGUCUAUAAGCCAUAGUAAACUUAAGUAGGACGAUGUGACUAAAAGGAAUUGUUAAAGCAUAAUUAAUAUGACACAAGUCAAUUACAAGAUGUUACGUUACGUAAUUUAAGCAAAAGGUCAUCAGAAGACAGAUGGAAAUCUACUCUUUGGUCAAAAAGUUUAUAGAAAAUGAUUUUUUAAGGUUUGGAAUUCAAUAGUAAAACGUUCUAAAUACUUUUUGACCAAUUUAUGGUAAUAAAAAAAAUUAAUUUUAAAUUUUCAAAACAUAUUUUACCCAACAUUGCCAUUUCAGAUACAUGUAUCCGCAAUACGAAACCCUGGACACGGUGGUCGAGAAGAAGGAGGCGAAUUACGAUUCUGCGUUAGAAUCCAGCGACAACGACAGUCCAAACGGCUCGUUCUCGGAGAAGCGAGAACAAAAGGGCGAGUACGUCUAG